AUGAAAAUUACUACACUACCUGAUUGUUUUUGUAAUUCUGUGCACAAUAUAAUUAUUCAAUGGAAUUGUCAUUCAUCGGCUGAUGAAAAGAAAUGUUUCAAUUUCAUAGAGAAUUGUCCAAUCCGACAUUGGAUUCGUAUAAAUAAUUUAAAAGAAUCUCGAAUCUAUUAUAAAGAGAAUCGAGAAAGUAAAGUAUGGCUGUUUAUACCAGAUUAUACAUAUAUUGAAUCACUACCUCAUCCUAAACUAUCUUCAAACUAUCAUCAUGAAUGUUGUUUAUCACUGUCAUCCGCCUCCUCCUCCUCAUCAUCAUUCCCCAUAGGAUUAAUUCCCUGUAUAGAAUUAUCUCUUAUUUCUAGUCAUUGUAAUGGAAUUUUUCUAGAAUUCAAACGAACAAAUCAUCUGUACCAUGAAAAAUUUCAACAAUACUACUAUUUAUUAUUAAACAUUGAUAAAAUUAUUCAAUCAAGCGACAAAUUAUUUUAUCAACAAACUAUUAAACUAUUUAAUAUUUGGUGUAUUUUUAUUGGUAGUCAAUGUAGUGAAAACAAGGAUCAAUGUACCAAUUUCUAUGCUCUACUUAUUCCAGGCAUUUAUUCUUCUUCAUCAAUUAUGCUAGAUAAUAAAUUAUUAUGUGCUACACCAUUAAAACAAACUGUUCAAUGUCAAAAUGAUGAUGAUUGUUUUCAUUUUGAUGAACAAUUCAGUAAAAAGAAAUUUUCAUUAUUAAUACAUGAUUUAAAUUAUUUAUUGAAAUUUUGUUUAAUUUAUCAAAUAAAUCAAUUACAAAAUAAACAUGUUAUACAUUCUAGGGAGUAUGCAUUAAAAUAUAAAGAUUGUACAUUAUCUAAAUUAUUUCAAAGAUUAUUAUUAAAUUUGUACAUUGAAUCAAGAAAUCUUAAUUUUAAAUCAUAUCAAUAUGCUGAAGAUUUUAUACAAUUCCCAUAUAUAUCAGAAUUACAAGAAAACGAUCAAUCAUCUAUCGAUAUUUUAAAUGAGAGUAUUAUUAAUUUACACGAUAUUUGCGAUAUACUUCGAUCUGUUGACAAAUCGAAUAAUGUAGCUGAAGAAAUACAUACAAUUUCAACAUUAGAUCAAUGCUUUAAGUGUAUUUAUACUACUUAUUGUACACAGAUUUCACCGUCAUCAUCAUCAUCAUUGUCCAAACCAAUGAUGAACCACUCAUUGGAUGUUCAUGUACGCAAUACACUUUUACAACUAAAAUUAAAUCCACAUAAAGUUCACCAUUAUCAUCAUCAUCAAUCAUUGAAACAUUUAACGCUGAAUUCAUCAAAUUUAAAUCAACCACAAACAACAACACCAAUCACAUCAAUGAAUCAUUCAAAAUCACCAUUCUAUGUGAUUGGUAAAAUCCAAUGGGAUAAUACAUAUGGUUGUUUUUGUUUACAAACUUUACAAAAGAAUAUUUUUAAUUAUUUCCAUAAUAAUAAUAAUAAUAAUAUGAAUAAUCAUGAAGAAGAUGAAAAGGCUAAUACUAUCAUCACAAUUCCAUUGAUCAUUGAUAUGAUGAUGAACGCGUCGAAUGAAAUGAUCAAUGUAUUAUUUCUACCAUUUGAUAAUAGUUUAGUUUUAUUGAAUGAUAUAGAAAUUAUGUAUACAGAAGAAUAUUAUUCCAUGAAAGAAGUAAUCAGUUUGGGAAAUUGUGAAUCGAAAAAACCAUCCCAUGUUCUAUCCAAAAUGUAUAUUUAUCCAAAACAAAUUAUUCCAUUACAAUUAAAUCAUUUAUCUGAAAGUAGAUUAGAUGAAUGGGAACAACAACCACAACACAAUAAACAAUCUUGUUCACUGAUUCUCCUUCGUUUAGGUCCAUUAUCUACGGUAGUUUCUACCGAUUCUACUGAAUGCUCCACUUCACCUACUAAUAAUCCACUAUGGACAUAUGUAUUUGUUGGAAAAUCUAUUGAAGAUACUACUACUACUACUACUAAUACUACUGAUAAUCUAAUUUAUUUAUCAUUAACUGGUGAUUUAGCCUAUCGAUGGUAUUACCGAUUUCAAAUUGGAUCACAUUAUCAAUUACACUGGUUAAAUAUUAUUGACAAGGUGACAGUAGUUGAUCACCAUCAUCAUCAGUCAUCAACAACACUACAACAUCUAAUUCAUGUUUCUAUUAUUGUAAAUACAUUCAAUCCUAUGAUGGAUAACAGAAAUCCAUACUGCUGCACUAUUGUUCCGUUAAAUGAUUUACUCAAAAAUCGUACAAAUUAUCCAAUUGGUUGUUUAUUGAAUUUUGAAGCAAUCAUUUUGUUUUAUUCUAUUGGUUCAUUGAAUGAUGAUUGGUUAUUGUGGAUAAUACCGGCUACCGCUAGUAGUAGUGAUGGAUUGUCACAACCAUUGUCUCAUAUAAACACUAUUACAACGGUGUACAAAGUUACACUAUCCAAAAAGUAUAAUACAUCAGUGAAUUAUAACAAUAAUAAUCUUGAUCUUAUAUCAUCCCUGUUCACAAUGUUUAAUCAAUCAAGAUUAUAUUAUUGCCGGUUUACUGAUUUCUCACUUUCUGCAAUCAAUCAAUCAGAGUCAUUGCCAUCAUCAUCAUCAUUGGUUAAUUUACAUUUGAACUAUACUAAUUUAUCACGUAUUACAUUGAUGAAUCAAACGGAUAUCGAUCCAGUGUUGAAUCAAAUCAGUACACAAUUAUCAGAUAGUUUGAUUAUUUCAUUCAAUGAUGAUGAUGAUGAUGAAAUUGACAAUUCUUUAAUUGUUGUAAGCAAAAAAUCAAAAUUAUCAAACAUUACUGAUAAUCAUAAUUAUUAUUAUGAUUGGAUUGCUCGACCUAUUUCUGUAGGAUAUUUAAAUGGACAAGAUGAUGUGUCAUCAGUUAAAGAAUGUAUUCAUGUACAAGCGACAAUUAUUCGAUGUUUAGAAUUUCAAGUAUAUCGUCUACCACCACCUGCCAACACCGCCGGUGAUGAUGAUGUUGGUGGUAAGUAG